AUGUUGGCAACACGCAAUGCAAUCAGGCGUAUCCGGGCCCCGGCUCUUGCUCGAUCCUACGCGCUCAAUGCACAGGCCAAGUCCAUCCUAGGAGGCAGCCUCCAGGAAACCGACAAGGAAAUCUACGACAUCAUUGAGAAUGAAAAGAUCCGUCAGCGAGACUCCAUCGUCCUCAUUCCCUCAGAGAACUUCACCUCAAAGUCUGUCAUGCAGGCAUUGGGCUCACCUAUGCAAAACAAGUACUCUGAAGGUUACCCCAAAGCGCGAUACUACGGCGGUAAUGAGUUCAUUGACCAGGCUGAGCUAGCAUGUCAGCGUCGUGCACUGGAGGCAUUCAGACUGGACCCAGCAAAGUGGGGAGUCAAUGUCCAACCGCUCUCUGGCUCACCUGCGAAUUUGUACGUCUACCAAGCACUCAUGAAGCCACAUGAACGUCUCAUGGGUCUUGACUUGCCUAGUGGUGGUCAUCUCUCGCACGGCUACGCAACACCCACCAAAAAUAUCUCUGCCGUCUCAACCUAUUUCUCCAACUUGCCCUACCAAGUCGACCCAAAGACUGGCUUGAUUGACUACGAGGAACUCGAGAAGCUCGCUUCUGUUUACAGACCGAAGAUUAUUAUUGCUGGUACCUCUGCCUAUGCUGCACUUAUCGACUAUGCACGCAUGCGCCAGAUUGCCGACAAGGUGGGCGCUUAUGUUCUCGCCGACAUGGCUCACAUCUCUGGUCUUGUCGCUGCAGGCGUUGUUCCCUCUCCCUUUGACCAUGCCGAUCUCGUCACCACCACUACGCAUAAAUCCCUUCGUGGCCCUCGUGGUGCCAUGAUCUUCUACCGCAAGGGAACGCGUUCCGUCAACAAGAAGGGCGUUGAGGUGCAGUAUGACUUGGAAGGACCCAUCAACUUUUCGGUGUUUCCAGGACAUCAAGGUGGUCCGCACAACCACACUAUCACAGCCUUGGCUGUAGCUUUGGGUCAAGCAGCGACACCGGAAUUCAAGGCAUACCAGCAAAAAGUCCUUGACAACAGUAAAGUCAUGGCCAAGGCCUUCCUUGACCGUGGCUACGAUCUCGUGACGGGCGGUACAGAGAAUCACUUGAUUCUCGUUGACUUGACAAAGAAGGGUGUUGAUGGUGCGCGUGUUGAGCGUGUCCUUGAGCUUGUCAACAUUGCCUCCAACAAGAACACUGUUCCUGGAGACAAGUCUGCGCUCAUCCCACAUGGUCUGCGUCUCGGCACUCCUGCCAUGACGACGCGUGGAUUUGAGGCAAAGGAAUUUGAGCAGGUUGUGGCAUUCAUUGAUCGUGCUGUUGAGAUUACGCUCAAGGUCAAUGCGUCCGCAUCUGGCAAGAAGCUCAAGGACUUUAAGGAGACACUUGGCGAGGGCGACAAGUUCCCGGAGAUUGCUGCACUCAAGGAAGAAGUUGCUCAGCUGUCGCGUGACUUUUUCUUGCCCACCAACUAG